AUGGCGUCCAAUUUAAAUCAAGAUGAAUUGCCUGGACUAUCUGAUGUUAUUAGUGCUGACCCAGAGGUAAGACCUUCAGAAAUAAAUUUUGAUGCCAUUAAGCUUGAUCUCUCACAUAAAUUUUCCUUAGUUGUUUCGAACAAUGAGACAAGCAGUUUGGAACCCACAGAUUAUCUCCAAGUUUAUCUUCGAGUGAGACCAUUCACACAAUCAGAAAAAGAACAAGAGACUCAGGGUUGUGUUUAUAGUUUAGACUCCCAGACUAUUAUGCUGAAAGAUCCUCAAAGCAUCCCUGAUAGGUUAAGUGAGAAAAGUUCUACGCAGAUGGCACAGAAAUUCAGUUUCUCUAAGGUUUUUGGCCCAGAAACUACGCAGAAGGAAUUCUUCCGAGAUUGUACUCUGCAGCAAAUAAAAGGCCUCUUGAAAGGAGAAAGUCAGCUGAUUUUUACUUACGGGCUAACAAAUUCUGGAAAAACAUAUACUUUUCAGGGCACGAAAGAGAAUGUUGGCAUCCUGCCUCGGACUUUGAAUGUACUAUUUGACACUCUUCGGGGAAGACUAUAUACGAAAAUGAAUCUUAAACCACAUAGAGCCAGAGAAUAUUUACAAUUGUCAUCAGAUCAAGAGAAAGAAGAAGUUACUAGCAAAAGUGCAUUGCUUCGGCAAAUUAAAGAGGCUGCUAUGCAUCAUGACAGUUAUGAUGCUCUUCAUGGGAGUUUGACGAACUCUUUGAGUACUUCAAAGUUUGAAGAAUUUAUGAAAGAUUGUGAACAGUCCUGCUUGAACAUGGAUGAUAGCAUAAAGUUUUCUAUUUGGAUUUCUUUCUUUGAGAUUUACAAUGAAUGUAUUUAUGACUAGUUUGUUCCUGUAUCUUCUAAGCUCCUAAAGAGAAAUAUGCUACGCCUUUCUCAGGAUGUAAAGGGCUAUUCUUUUAUAAAAGAUCUACAUUGGAUUCAAGUGUGUGAUUCCAAAGAAGCAUACAAACUUUUAAAACUAGGAAUAAAGAAUCGGAGUGUUGCCUUUACUAAACUGAACAGUGCUUCAAGUAGAAGUCACAGCAUAUUUACUAUACGAAUAUUGCAGAUCAAAGAUUCUGAGAUGCCUCAUGUAACACAAGUCAGUGAACUGUCAUUGUGUGAUCUUGCUGGUUCAAAAAGAAGCAUGAAGACACAAAAUGAAGGUGAAAAGUUAAGAGAAACUGGGAACAUCAACACUUCUUUAUUGGCUCUGGGAAAGUGUAUUAAUGUUUUGAAAAAUAGUGAAAAGUCAAAUAGUUACAGUUUUUGGUUUUCAGACUACACUCAAGAUGAAGAUUUGGUUGAAGAUCUAGAAAAAAAUGAAGAAAAGCCAAGUAUGGAAACUGAACUAACUGAUGAUGAUCUAGAUAAAACAGUAGAGGAAGCCAAUAUAAAAAUAAAAGUAUCUGUAAUGCGUGAUGAAGAGAAAUUAAUGAGGGUUAAAAUUAAUGAACUGGAGAAAAAGAAAAACCAGGGUUCCCAGGAAAUAGAUAUGAAACAGCGAACCAUUCAGCAACUUACGGAGCAGUUAAAUAACCAAAAAGCAGAAGAAGCUAUUCAACAGUACGAGAAAGUAUGCAGAGAAUUGGAGAAAUUGAAAGAAAGGUACAAAGAUCUGGAAACCAAAAAAGAUCAAAGGUCAAAUAAAGAACUUAAGGAUAAUGAAGAUUCACUUAGUAAAAAGCUCAAUAAGCUUCAAGAUGAGUUACAGGAAUAUAAGCAGAAAUAUAAAGCUGAUAGAGAGAAAUGGUUGGAAGAAAAAAUGAUGCUAAUCAUUCAAGCAAGAGAAGCUGAGAAUCUAAGAAACAAGGAAAUGAAAAAAAUUGUUGAAGACAGAGAACGUUGUUUAAAGCAAGUGUGCUUACACGCAGUUGGUUAUGGCACACUGGAGAUCGCAGACUUUGUUGUGGUGCCAAGGAUCACAAACUGCAGUGCUGCUGGGAUUACGCUCAGCAGCAUGGGGAAAAUGCUUACGGCACAACUGACAGAGAAAGACAGUAACCUUCAGAAGUGGCGAGAAGAACGUGAUCAGCAGGUUGCAGCAUUGGAAAUACAACUCAAAGCUCUUGCCUCCGGUAACAUACAGAAAGACAAUGAAAUUGAACAGUUGAAGAAGAGCGCCAUAGAAAAUUCUAAAACAGCCUAUGUAAAGAUUUACGAGCGGAUGCCUUGUCUCAAUGUAAAGCAGACCCUGUACCGUUUUUGGGAACUUAAUGAAGAGACUAACAUAAUGUCUGAUAAGGACCCCUGGUUCUUUGUUCUGUAA